AUGGCGGACCACGCCGGCCAAAAAAUGACUGGGUCGGCGUCGCCCGUUGUGGUAUCAAGCGCGUCAUCAACAUCAAAUGGCCCUUUGCCUUCGCCGGGAGCAAGCAGGCGAAACUCGCCUUCAGAUCAGAAUGCCACACAGCCUGAUCCUCCCAUGUCGACUCAACUGGCACAUCCGCCUCCGGCACCGACUCCAAAUGCGCCAACUGCGCCAACUGCACCGGCGGCACCGGCGACACCCCUUAUACCAGCGACCCCGGCUUCCUCUGGAGCAGCAGCUGCCCCGGGCCAACACAGUAACGCUGCGGCACAGAUGUAUCCAAGUGUGCAGACUGUACAAUCUCAGAUGCCAUCGUUGACAUUGGCUCAAACUCAUCUCGCGCCGAUCAACGGCUUCGCGCUCCCUUCUAUGCAACCUCAGCAGGUCCAAAGGCAAGGGGCUGUCUUCCCAUCUCCGAGAGUCAAUGAGACGCAACUGUGUAAUUCGUCACAAUACGUUGCGCUGGCGCAUCUGAUUCAGAGAACUGAACCCCAAGUGUUGCGGCAAGUGAUUAGAGAUUAUCACGAAGCUUGUCUACUUGGUUCAGAGUAUCACUUGGCCUUUAUAUUUAACACGGCGAUUCACAAGGCUCAGAGGUCAACACUGACUCAAAUGAUCGCGGAAUUUGGCCCGAGGCUUGUUCAAGCGUCAAAGCGCCAGCUCCUCUCACACUUCACAGCUGAUGACUUGGAUGAACUAGCAGAUGAGAUUAUGAGCAAGGCCAGCCCUAACUUUUUGGACCGGGCCCUGGCCCGGCGGUUGGAGACCAUUCGUGCCCGUUCGCUGGUAAAUGCUCUCGCCAAGGCAGAGCGUCUUGGAUAUGAUGUCAAGGAUGUUGUCGAGGAGAGGAAGGAUGGAACUGAACAUGUUAUCCCGUACUUAAAGACGAUGGACCGUGUUGGCAAAGAAAUUUGCACUCACUGCGGAUGCAAUUUCAAUUCUUGGGGUGCUUUGUCGCAUCAUAUGAAGACGCAAGUGUGUGGUAAAUACACCGAGAAGGACGCCUCUGUCCUUAUUCCGGCGCUACGAAAGUUCUAUGCAGAGCAUGUUUCUGCCGGAGCCUCUGGAGCAACCCGGGAGCCACAAUCAACGCCUUCGUCAACCCAAGAUCAGAGUCGGAUCCGGCCUGCGCAGCUAUCUUCCCCGGCCGCUCGUUUCAAAGCUGUAAACUCAAGCACGGCGGCCACGAUGACGCCUCGAACUGCGUCUGCAGCAGGGAAAAAUUCUGACCCAUAUGCACACCUCUCGCCCGAGGACAGAAAGCGGCUUGAAGCGGAAUUGGCACAUACUGAAUCACACUAUGGUGCACUCUUGCGAAGGGCCAUGCUACUUCCACAACCAGAGCAAGAUGAAGAGACAACCAAAAUCAAAAACUGCUUUAAUACAAAGCAAUCAACAACUCGCAGGAAGUAUGGGGUCAAACUUCGGGAAAGACGCACCAAAGCCGAAAUUGAGGCAGAGCGCGAGAGGCUGAUCACAGCACCACCGGAAGAAAAUCUUGCACAGCGACAAGAAGCAUCGGCCAGUCAGAAUGGGUCCGUACCAGCGGGAAAGAAGUCUCGUAUCAACGAAAGAGGCGAUUCUGCACCUACCUCGCAGCCUGCUAUCUCAAGCCCUGCUGAUGAUUCACCACGGAAGCGAGUUCGACUGGCAGAUAUGGGUGGCUUAGGUGCAUCAGCAGCCACGGCAGAGCACAUAGAUCCUACCACUACGACAGCACAAGACCAUUCAACACCACAGCCCCAAUCAGCGAAGGAGUCAACUAGUAAUGUUGCCAAAGCUACCCCAGACGCCCCGGUGGCGGCGACAGGAGCAUGCAACGACCCGAUGCAGCUCGACGACAGUACUGAUACCGAAGACACAGACUCUGACUCUGAGGAAGAAGACGGCGACAUCCCUGCUGUUUUGACAGAAUAG